AUGUGGAGAACAUUUUGUCUGCUCUCGUUGAUGCUCUUCGCGUUCGAUUUCCCUCGUGAUGGAUCCGCCGAGUCUACUCGACCGAACGCGGACCGACCAGCUCGAGGGGAAAAUCAGAGCUAUCAGGAGACAACGCGGAGACAGACAGAAAACAAUGGCCUGCCACGUCGCGUGAUUUACGACGACGAGGUAAACUCUGGCGAGAGCAUCGGCAAAUGGCGAAACAACGGCGAGGCUCUUGAACCAAAAUGGAGGGACGGCGACACCGUGCCGCUGUUUCCGUUUCCUCAAUUAUCGCGAUACACUAGCGACAAAGCGGACAACGAAGAGGAUUUCGAUUACAGUCAUCGAGCAGUGAAGCAUCGCCGAAACAAUGGACGCGAGGAAUCUCGACCAGGGAAUUACGACAAACGCGUAUAUAGGGGACGAAGUGAGAAAAGAAAAGACUCUCGAGCCUCGGCUACGCAAAAUCUAGCCAACUCCAAAGAAACGAGCGAUAGGAUGGAACAAGUGAUUUGGAGUCCUGCGGAUAACAAAGAAGCAACGUCCGUCAGGUAUCGAGAGGCUUUUCAAAUACGGCCUAACGACUACGAGCAUGAACUGGACGACGAAGAGUACCUGAAACCACGUCCAAGGAAACGAAGACCACCGCAAAAUUACGAGUUCGCUUUAGCCGAAAACGAGACGGAAAGCAAUCCUGGGUCUUGGCAGAGUUCCUCCGAAUCAGAACGCGGUAAUCAAUUCACGCAGAACGCCGUGGAGCUGAGGUCUCUUCUAAAGAUGCAGCAGGAAGAGGGUCUGAGUUUGUCAGAACUCCUGCAGCGGAAAAAUCUGACUCUGGACGAUCUCCUGAAAGGUAAAGCGGACGCGAUCAACGCAUUGAAAUCGAAAGACGUCGAGACAGAGGAUUAUAUCGAGGAAGCGUCUAGAAUGAUGUACAAUACCCUUACGAAAGCCACCAGCACCACGAAGAAACCGCAGUAUACUGCUAAUACAGAAACCACGAGAACGAAGAAUGCUCCGAGAGACGAUGGCCUAAUGAUUUCAUUCGUGGACACGGUGGAUGUUCUGUGGCGCAAGAAUCUCACCGAUUCCUCGUGGCCUUCUUUAAAUCUCGGGAACGCAACUACUGGAAAAUCGAUUAGCGUCAAUCUUGAUCCAGGGCCAGUCCAAGUAACGCCCAACGCGAGAGCACCGGCAGCGAUUACGACAUCGAUGCCGACUGCAACGAAUUCCGUGCGGUUCUUGCAGGAUAACGGUGCUACGAAAUUACGGGACGGUGACGAAAUCAAACCGGAGAGCUUGGACGAAGACGAGAUCAUGGAAUUUUCGGAUUUCACCGAUUAUAAAAAUGGACGGAACGGCAUGUCUCCGGUUUGGUUGAUGGCGAAGGACGGGGAAAGCGACGCGGAACCUACUUUGAAGAUCAACGAGGACAGAGGCUCGACGUUGAGCAUCGAGCAGAUCUUGAAUCCGACGGAAAGCACCGAGUCGACGAGAAAUGUAUUUCCUGAAAAUGAACGCAACGAUGCGACCAAGUUGAUCGCAAAAGAAAUUCAGCGGCCACAGAUCAUCGUCGAGCAUCAGGAGAGCGAUUACACCACGUUUUCAGAACUGGAAUAUCAGGAGGACGCGCCGUUGACGUACCACGAUCUAGAACAAAACACUCAAAUUAACACUCCCGCUGACGAAGACAGUACAAGCACGAUGGACAAAAUUGAAUCUGCAUCGGAUGCAACGUCUUAUGGUACAACCACGGAGGAUCGACGAACGUUUUUGAACAACGUCGAUUACUCCUUGAAAAACCAUCAAAUCGCGAACGCCACCGAGAAGCAUAAUCGCGAGGAUGCGACGUCGGAAAUAGAACCAGAAGCUCGAGCGGAGAUCUUCGAAUUGUUCGCGUCUGGAUCCGCGGGUAAGAGAUUGGAACGCCUUCUUAAAUCAAGAAACAUGAGCUUGGAGGAACUGAUCGCUUUGCGACAGCGGGGCUCCAGUAAGGUUCACCUGGCCGAAGUGUCGCGACUAAAAGCACGGAAGCCGAACAAUGAGGAUGGAGCGAAGGGCAGAAGUAACUCGGAGACGAACGAAUUAUCCAAGGGGACUUCUUAUGAAUUUAGGGAGAGAAACGGAACCGAUAUCUCAUCGAAAUCGUUCGAAAACGCGACCAACGGUGCUCCAAUCUCGAAUCUAAUGAAUUUUGUUCGUCCAGUGGAGAGUACUACUAAACGAUUACAAUCGAAUUUCGAUUCGGGAAUCAAGAACGAAGACAUGGAGGAGCGUCGUCGUACAGUCCAGAUCGUUGAUCUGUUAACGACUUUCGGUUCUCUUCCUUUCGCGAAGGACCUCCAGCGUGACUUUGCGGGUGAAUAUAAAGCGGACAAAAAGUUGCCUGAGCGAAACAGCGAUCUUGGUGUCGUGUUCGUAAACGAUACAGAAACGGUACAUAAAAACGACACCGCGAACGUCGUUCAGUCUGGGUAUGUAAAAGAGAUUCUCGAGAAGAUACCGAAUUCUAUCGACAUACAAACGGUAUUCAGAGAAACUAGCGUAUUUGACAGGGACGAAGAGGAUGACAAGAACGAACGGGGAAGGACUCUCUCAAAAGUGAAGCCCAGCAUAAUAGCGAGCGGCGCGAUCCUUGGUGUGACGAUUGUGGUUUUCCUGGCGAUAUUCAUCGUAUGCAGGAUUCGACAGAAACAAAAGUACAGAUACAGGAACACCUUUUCCAGGGCAGUGUUUCAAGGUCCUAUAUUGGCGGCCAGGAAACUCUCGAAUUCGAGCAGUCUGAGCACCGUGAUGGUGAACGUGGUCGCCACAUCGACGACAAAAAGACCUGAGAGAAACGAAACCCGACAACCUGUGGGAGAGAUGGAAUGUAGAAGUGAUAUCGAUAAUGAUUCACUGGAUGCUAACGACAGCUGGGAAACUAUACCUGAUUACAUGAAAUAACGGCAGACCUAUUUAAACGUAUUUGCAAUAUUUCCAGUGGGACGCUUGACAAACAACAGUAUUUUCUUGUCUACGUUGAGUUAAACCCUAGACAUUGCGCAUAUAUUUUUAAAGUGACUCCCUGUAUUUACGUAUAUACCGAAGGCUGACCAUGUACCUUGACUUUAAUGACUAUACAAAAUAAUAGAUGUUAGAUACCUUAGUAGAUCGACCAUUGAAUUACCGACUCCAAUGUUUCUAUCGGUCUGUAAACUAAUUUUACAGACACGGACGUUUGUACAUAUAACUGUAUAGAAUUUUUGAUCAACUUUACCCGAUAAAAUUUUAUGUAAUUUAGAAUGUUAGAGUUAGCGUGAUUCUCUUUGUAAGGACCCGUUUUGGAAUUUCUCUUGAUAUCGAAAAGUGUAUGCGUUACGCUGAUGUAAACCGACUAUUUCAAACUCAUACGUGUAAAAUAAAGUAUAUUUAUUUAUACCAGGUUAAUAAAUGUAUCUUAUUAAUAUAGAAUUAUU